ACCAUGUCAUCCGAGCUUGAAUUAUUGAUACAGCACAUCACUGAACUUGAGGCUGAGAAUACAGAGCUUAGGAAGGAGAAUACUGAGAUCCCCUAUCUCAGAAACAAGCUCUCAGUGUCUAAUGCUGAAAUAGCUGAACUUAAGCACAGGAAUGCUGAGGUUCUAAGAGCGAAUGGGGAAUAUAAUGAGAUGCGUGAUGUUGAAAAAGUCAAACUCAGGCAAGAAUCGAGGAGUUGGAAUUUAAGUUUAGAGAUAGAAUUACGAAAGUGA